GUGGUGUCGGGCCCCGCCAGACCCGCUCUCGGGCCCCCAGCUCCUGGGUUUGCUCCUGUUUCCCUGGACCCUGCAGCUCGCAGAAAACAAGCCAGGCGUCUCCCUCCUCCCUGCCUGAGUCCUGGCCUGGGCUGCACCAAGAACCCACCGGCCUCCCGGAGGAUUAUCCAAAGAGCGACUUGGCGGGGCUCCCGCGGCCCCGUAGACCUUUCAUCGCAGGGAGACGUUGCGGGGGAAGCCAAGCCAGCCCGGCCGCUCCAGCCGCUCUGGCCAGCGGUCACUCGCAGGCAGACUCGGAGCCCCGGUUCUUCGUCUCUCCAACCAGGGAGGACAGUUGGUGACCCACAUCGGCGCCCCCAUCAUGGUCUCUCUGGCCAACGAGACCAUCUCCUUUGGCUGCAAAAUCUCCUACCCGCACAGCCCCGAACUGAAGAACUUCACAGCCUGGUACUUUCACGUGGACCUUCAGAGUCAGAGGAGCUCUGAGAAGCAGAUCAACUGCUCAUCCCACCCGGUCAAAGAGAACCAGACGCACAGCCUGAAAUGCUGGGUCACGCCCCAGCUGCCCAAUGCGUCAGCCACCGGUACCUACUACUGCUCCGUGCACUGGCCAGACGUGAUAAGAAUCAGCGAAGGAAUCUUCAUCCUGGUCAGAGACACAGGGUACCAAGAGCCCCCACAGGGCGCCCAGAAGCUUCUGCUCUUUUGCUUCACGGGCCUCCUGACCCUCCUGAGCAUCUUGGUCACAGCUCUGCUCCUCUGGAAGAAGGGACAGAUGCGGGCUCCCCCGAAGCACCUGGACCCCGGCACCGCCCACGGCCAGGAGCAGCCUGUGGCCGAAUCCAUCUACACAUCUCUACAGGGCAGAGACACUGAAGUCUACUCCUGCAUCCAGACCGUGCCCAGCAGCCUGCCCCCCAAACCAGAGCUUUGUCUCCCAGGAGAAAAUGCACAGAUUUACGAAUGACAGCGAAUUUAACCUGGUCUAUGAAAAUCUCUAGGAUGAGCUCCACGGGCCCUUCGGUCUCGCCCUGGAUCAGAUGCCCCACAGCAGCUCCUCCUUCCACAGGACUUGUCCUAUCCCAGGAGUGAGGCCCCAGGGGCAUCCCAUCACCUUGCCCCCACAUUCAAGGCACUUCCGGCCUUGGCCUGCCCCCUACCCCCUCCUUCUGUGUCCCAGCCAGACCCACCGGUCACAGCGUUUCACAUCUGGCCCUUGCCCAGACUGUCCCUUCUGUCCGGGAGCCCUUCCUCAGUCCUCACAGGCUCUCCUGGACACAGCCCCUCCCCAAGCCCUCCGUACCCUUUCAUGGGCUCUCUGGGCACCAGCCUACACCACGGCCUGAGCCGGCGAGGCCAACCGUGAGCUCCUCGGGGAGGUUCCCGGCAAAGGACACUUGUUGGUGCCGUGAGCGCGCGCAUCCGCGGGGAUGAAUAAAGGAACGACUACACAAAUACCCCACCUCCGUGCCCCUGCCCAGCUAGGUCAAAGGCACAAGGCGGACGCACAAAGUAGAGGAGGGGGCUGGCGCAGGAGGAAUGGGGUGUGGGCCCGAAGGAGCUGUGCAGAGGCGGGGCUGGGCUCUGGGACAGAGCCAGAGGCCAAGGAGGUGGCUGAGGGCCGGUCAUCAGGCUGGGGGCCUGGAGCAGGGCAGCUGAGGAAGCAGAUCCGGCACAUUAGGGGCAGAUGGUGGCCAAAAGGGCUGAGCCUCCCGAAGCUCUCCAUCCCCCAACGGGGACCCCAAAGCCGUCUCCCAUCAGCCUGGCCCUCUACACGCUCUGCCAACACCUGCAGCCCUCCUCCACCCUCAGGGCCUCAGCGACUUCUCCUUCCCCCAGAGGCCUCACCGUCUGAUCUCCGAGGACCCCACCCACCUCCUCCCUCUGUCUGCCUUGUGCACCUGCCCCAGUGCUUCGGGGCACCUCCUCACACGCUCUAGCCUAGCCGAGUGGUUUGGUGCCUGGGGCUCCUCUGGGCUGCAGGAGGGCCCCCUCGAUGUGGCCGCAGCUCAGGCCCCGUGCAGACAGUGGCCCUCAGUGCUUGCACAGAGCCGUUUCUGGGGCUCCAAGUCCUCAGCAGCCCUGCUGGAACCCGUUACACAGGCAGGAGGGGGCUAAGGGUGGGGAUCACCUGGGCUGUUGGGCUCUGCUCCUUCCCUCCCCUGCUCUCCUCCACCCCUGCUGCUCUCCGCAACCUCAUUUGUAAAAUCCUCCCUCCCACCCCCGUGCUCUUCCCAGAGGUCCUUGAGGGAGGGGCCCUUGCACACAAACCCCAAACGUGUCUAGGGGCGCUGGGGGGGCCCAAGGCAUGAGCCCCGGCCCUGGGCCCUGGGCCCUGAGCCGUACUGGGCAGCUUGAAGGCAGCACUGGGUCUGCAGGUCAGGCCCUUCCCUCAGGGUAGAUGGGCUGGGGGGUCUUGGGGGAAGGGAAGCAGCAGACUGACAUUCGAAAGAAAUCCCAGCCCCUCUGCUAGGUCGGCCCGCAGCCUCCUUGGGCCCACAGGACAGGGCAGCCCACAGCCUCCAAGCUUGGUUCUGAGCCUGCUCUGUGAGCACAGCGCAAGGAAGGCUCUAGUGGGAUUAUAAGGUUGAGUGGAGAGGGUCCUGCUCACCAGGAGGCUGGAGUUGAAUGAAUUCCUUGCCUGUUCAGGGGGCGAAGCUGCCUGCAGAAGUGUCUUCCAGGCUCCGGGCUCCAACAGGCGGACUCCAACGGCCCGGCCCGAGGCAGAGGCCAGGGUUGGGAGUUGGGGGGAGGGGAGGCAUACUAGGGGGGGAGGGGAGGCAUGCUGCUCAGGGUACAGCAAGCCUCCCCAGAGACACCAAAGCCAGCAAGACCAGGAGGAGGCUACCUGCUGGGCCUGGGCCUCUCUCUCCUGGCCCCAGGACCCCAGCCCCUCAGGCUGGGAGUCAGACUUUUCCAGCCAGCCCCGGGGGUACCGGGGAAGCCUGAAGGGGCUACACCCGCUUGCCCUGGUCCAGGCUGCCCUGCCCCGCCCCCUGUCUCUUCUCCACAAAGGGAUAAAACCUACAUAGGAUCUCGUCCCUCCUGGGCUCAACAGUUCCCACCCACCUGAGCCCGAAGGGCUGGUGCAGGUGGAGGGGUGGCAGAUUACUUUAGGGGGUGCAGGUGGCAGUAAGGGAGGAGAAGGCGACAGAGAGGGCUUCGAAUGGCGCUCCUUGAGGGCAGGCAGGCUUGUGUGGCCUCUGGACUCUGAAUGGGCACAGGGGGGAAGAACCAACCACACUUGGGAGCCCUUUGAGGCCGGGUGGCUGCUGGCCUCUCUCGACCCCAACUCCACCUCCCGGCAGCCAUGUCCCCCUGAGCCUUGCUUUCAGUGACAAUCAAGACCUCUGGGCGUGGCUCAGAGGGGACAGAGGGGAACUCUGCUCCUCCAGAGGCUCGCGGGUGUGCGUUUUCUCUGCACUCAGCCUCCGGGAAAAACAGGCUAUCACGGAGCAGUGUGGAGGGGGUCCGCUAAAAGAGGGGUUAGGUCUCCCUGGGGGAGAUGGAGACCCAGGCUCUGUAGCCCCCACAGGGAGCACCCAGGGGUGGGGGCAAGGCAAAUAGAGAGGGAUGGCAUGGGGAGGGCUGUUCCUGGCCCAGGCGGGACAGGAGUGGCCGGAGGAAGAACGGUCAGCUUGGAGUACCCCGAGGGAGUCGGAUCGGAGGGGAACAGGUGAAACCCUGGUGAGUGGAGCCCUAGGGGGCCCCAGACCCAAAGGGUGGAUGGCCACAUCCUGAGGGCGGAUUCCUGGCCUAGAGCUGUGGACCCCCCUCCCCCCCCCACACCCCGUGGCCCCUGAGGGCCAGGCCCUGGGCACCGCCUCUUCCCACCCAGACCCUGCCCCAAUUCAGGGGGACAGUCUCCGUCUAGCCUGCCUGGCUCUGACGGGGAUUUCCUUCCAGCUCUCAGCGGAGCCCCCCCUGCCCUCCUAGGUCGGGCCUUGACACCCUCUUCUGAGCCUCAGGCGUCCGAAACAGUUCAGCUUACUUCUGGCACCCUCCACCUCCUCUGGGGCAGCCCCUCAGAAAUGGCCCCCGCUGCCCGUUCCCUCCGGGUUUCAGCCUCCAACCCCCUUUCUGCUCCUGCUCCUCUCAGGUGCUUGCCUGAGAAAAUCAUCCCUGGAAACCAAACCCAGGAACACAAAAAUGGGUGUGGGAAGCGGCUGCCCCUCCUCAGCGACAAUUUCCAGAGGAUUCUGCAAAGCAGAGUUUCCAUGGGAACAUGUGCGGUUCCACACAGAACCUCGGUGGGGCCGGGGUUCCCCUCACACCCAAUACUGCAGGACCGUGUGGCCUGGGGGCCUUGGCCAAGCAGGGCCACUGCGCUUUGGCCACCAGCCCUCAUCAACCUGAAAUCAAGUUACUGGCAAAUCUGCCUUUUUUUUUUUUUUUUUUUUUUCCCUUCUAAUUUAAAGGCGCCCUCCAUGCUAAGGAUGCCUCUGGGAUUUCCAGGAUGGAUUUUUAUGUAGCUCAAUAGGUUCCUUGGCAGACUGCUCAGCCAGGAGAGGUGGGCCAUGGCCCCAGCCCCGCCAGGCUGCCACAGCGGCGUCUCUCUGUCCCUCCUUCGUGCCAACGGACGUCAUUUACCCGCCUGAGGGGCUUCCUCAGACCUGGAUUCAGACUCCAAGAGUUUGGGGACAUCAGCAGCACAGGGCCCUGGGACGCUUCCCUUACUAGGCUCCUCCCUUGACCUGCGGUCAUAAUCACGGCCUGCGAGCAUUGGCGGGGCAUGGGGCCGACCCUCCUCUCUGCACUCUGCGUUUAGGAUGUGUUUAUCCAAGCAGGUGAUGCAGGCGUAACAGGCAUAAUGCAGGCUGUAAAAUUCCCUCUGAUGCUCCCGCCAGUUACAGCCUCCAUCCCGGUGCCCCCGCCCUGAGGUGACCACUGGGUCAUUUGGGGGUGUGUGUGUGUGUGUGCGUUUUCUUCCAGACUGUUUUUAUUGCAUCCACGUACCUAUAUGCAUGUACACGAACAUAUAAAAUGUAUGGUGCUUGCGGGGGGCUCUGAAGAGCUUACAUGGAAUGAUUCUGUAGGUGCUUGCUUUGUUCAUACAGCCCCACGUGGUGGAGAUCCGCCCGUGACAGCCACGCAGAAGCUGCCAGACUCUUUAAUUACAGCAAAGGAUUCCACAGGACCGAUGGAUCCUAAUUUAGCCAAGCCCCUAGAAACGGCCUUUUCCGUUGUUUACAAUUUCCAACCUCACAGAAGGGGCCGCAGGAAACAUCCUUGGGCGUCAUUUGCAAAAACUUUCUCCUUGGGGAAAUGACGAGAAGGAAUCCCCGGGGCCUAGAGCGUGGACAUUCACUGUUUUAACAGAGGCUGCCAGAGGGGUCACGCGUGGAGUUUGUACCGGUUUCCGUUCCUCAAGCCUAUCUACAAGAGCUCGUUGAAUCCUGAAAACACCCUGCCAAGUGAGGGGGGGGGGGCAUCUUAUCUUCCCUUUUUACCAAAGCAGAAACCACAAUUCAGAGAGGCUGACUGGCUAGAGGUUAUAUAGCACAGAAGGGGCAGCGCUGGGUUGCCUCCAACUGUGUGUGGCCCUCCUGACUCCAUGGGUCAGGUGAGGGGGGGGGUUGCAUAAAGUGUCUUAGAUGGACUCACGGCCCCCAGGGCUGGGGAAGUCCUUGAAGGGACAAAUUUCUGCCAGAGAUCAACGACCAGGCUUAUAUCGCUCAGAAUCGUAGGGGCGGGGGGUGGGGGGGUCCUCUUUGGGGUGGUCUGUCUUCUUGGGGAAACGAAGGCAGGUCAGUAGAGGUGAUGGAGUCGGGGCUGCCCAGCAGCCCACCCACACUGCGGGGCUUGGCUUCAGGCAGCCUAGACAUUUGGAUCCCUUAGCCUCCCCUGGAAAUUUCCGGGCACAACAUGCCUGGAGGUGUGAACUGCCUCUUGGAAGCUUCAUAAUCCGGGAUAAUGCUGCUGUAAUUGGCAUUGUUUUUGCAUUUACAAUCCUCUCGUUACCUGAAAACCUGCUUGCGAUGGCUGUAUCUGGAGGGGGUUUAAUUUUACCACUUGGCGGACCUUGGGGGGCUGAGGAGCACAAGCUUUUCCUCUGGGCCCCUUGGCCCACCCCCCGCCCCCAUUCAGAUUCCCCAGUGAGUGCCACAGGCCUGGGUGGCCCAGGCUGGUUGACCUCGCGGCCUUGGUUCAGGGUACAGCCUCCCCACAGGAGCCCCAGCCUGAUCAGGGGACUGCUUUUCUCCCCAAUUCCCCUUCCUUCCUGGGUCCAGCCCACCCAGCUCGUCUCCCUUCAAUCCUUUCUCCUCCCAGGGGCUCCUGGGUGGCUCAGUCCGUUGAGCAUCCGGCUCUUGGUUUUCAGCUCAGGUCAUGAUCUCACAGUUCGGGAGCUCGAGCCCCGCGUCAGGCUCCGUGUUGACAGUGCAGAGACUGCUUGGCAUUCUCGCUCUCUCCCUGUCUCUCGGCUCUUCCCCUUCUCUCUCUCUCUUUCUCAAAAUAAAUAAAGAAACUUAAAGAACAUCCCUUCUCCUUCCAGCCCUUCCCAGUCUCUACCACCAAACUGAUCUUCCAAUGGCACGGAUCUGACCGCACCUCUCCCCUCUCUCAAAACCCUGCAAUACCUCCCAUUUAUUCAUUUCAACAAAGGAGCCGAGAUAAUUCAAUGGGGGAAAAAACAGGCUUUCAGCAGACAGUGCUGGGAGAGAUGGAUGUCCACACGCGGAAGGAGGAAGUUGGGCCCCUUCCUCACACCCUCUACGAAACCUCACGGUGCCUUCCUCUGUCCACGGGAUGGAGCCUUGACUCCUCAGGCCAGGACUCCGGGCUCUUACAAUAUUUGUCCAGCUCCAGUGCGUGUGCUGAGUCUGGGACAAGAGACAGAUGGUUCUGUCCUCGUGUUAUCGUCAGCC